AUGGAUAACAGCAAACUCUACAGAAUUAAUUUGACAGAUAAUGUCAUAUCUAAGAAAUCCACGCAUAAAACUUAUGUGACUAUUGUGGCUGCAAUGCAAGCCGAAGAAGCUUCAUCACGGGAUGAAAAUCUUUGCCUAGAUGAAGAACUGAGAUCAUCUACUGCAGCCGCACCUUUAAUAAAAUCUCAUAAAGAAUUAGUGGGUGUUAAUAAUGUACAUCCAGAAAAUGAGAUGAUGCCGGGGGACAUCUAUGAGUGGUACUGCUCUGGUACAUCUUCGUCAACUAGCACAUCUUCAUCGUCAUCAUCUAGUACAUCUUCAGGUAAGGCCUUUUCCACUGAUGAAGCAGAUAACUGA